GCUGAACCUUAUGGGUAGUGGAUGGUGACGAAGAGAUGAGAUAGGCGGCGGGUAGAAAGGCGGAUCAGAGUAAGUAGAAGAGUCCAACGCCCAUGGAUAAUACUCGUGGUACUCAGGGGUAUACUGUCUCUCGAUUUGUAGUGUUAGUCGAGGAUGAGAGUGAAGACAACACAUCGAGUGGGAAUGCGCAGAACAAUGUAAUUGAGGGUGAGAGGCAAUACACAGUGGAUGGUAGCAACCAUACCCAGCAAAAAUCAGCACAUUGGCAGAUGACACAAAAAUGGGUACCCAAGCAACCAGAUAACACCUCGAGGGAUAUACAGAAAAAUCCCGCAUUGGUUGAGGAAGCUGACGUUGGCCGUCCCAAACCACCUUUAGGGGUGGAUGCCAGCAUGGAAGUGGAACCCAGCAUGGACGAAGUGAAUCAAGCCCUGCAUCAUGAGUCCAUCGCAACAAUCCCAAUGGCAAUGGAACGUACAAAUGAUAUGGAACAGGAGAAUACCAAAGCCAAAAAACCACCCGACAUCAUCCCACCCACGAGCUUGGAUCCUCAUGUUGUGAGUAAGUUACCUACUAAUGGUAAUAGAGAAGAAGCAGAUAAGUCUAGACACGGGGAGGGGCUCCAAGAGGGCACCCCUCAGGUCCUGCAACAAUAGUUCGGGCUUGGCCUGCCCCAAAAUUUCCAAGUGCUAAUGGAUCACAAAAUCUUCGUUUGGAAUAGCAGGGGUGCAGGAAGCAUUCGAUUCUUGCGAGUUUUCAAUGAAUAUAAGAGGCGGUA